CUUCCUCUGACCCCUGAACGCCUCACCCCAUACUCGUCUCCCUUCCCGUGAACUACCCCACUUGUCAGCCUACGACUACUAAUAUAACCCCGUAACCUUUCACCCCACCACACUAUGGAUGACGAUGAUGCCGAUUACAUGCAAGGAUCCGACGACGAGGACUACGGCUUCGACUACUCUGACGACGAUGCCGGCGAUGACGCUGGCACCGCAGACGUCGAGAACAUGUACUACACCGCAAAAUCCAAGAAAGAGGACGACCCAGAACAGGCACUCAAAGAUUUCCGCACCAUCGUAGACCAGGAGGAGGACAAAGGCGACUGGGGCUUCAAGGCGCUCAAACAAUCAACAAAGCUUCUCUUUCUCGUUCUGCAUAGACCAGCAGACGCACUCGGCACGUACCGCCAGCUCCUCACCUAUACCCGUUCCGCCGUCACCCGAAACUACUCGGAACGCACCAUCAACGGUAUUCUGGACUAUGUCGGCGGCGGAAAGGGCGGUCCUGUAGCCGUCGACGUUCUCGAACAGUUCUAUCAAGCGACCAAGGACGCAUUAGAAGAGGCAAAGAACGAUCGACUCUCAGUCAAAACAAACCUCAAACUCGCCAAACUCUGGCUCGACCGGAAAGAGUACAACCGGCUCACCAAGCUCCUGCACGACCUCUACGCCGCCACGCGCUCGGACAGCGACAGCGGCGAGGAGCAGGCCCAGCGCGGCACCCAGCUGCUCGAGAUCUACGCGCUCGAGAUCCAGAUGCACAACGAGACGCGCAACACCAAGAAGCUCAAGGAGAUCUACAACGCCUCGUCCCAGGUCCGCGCCGCCAUCCCGCACCCGCGCAUCAUGGGCGUCAUCAAGGAGUGCGGCGGCAAGAUGUGGAUGGGCGAGCGCCAGUGGAACCGCGCGAGCGAGGACUUUUUCGAGAGCUUUAGGAACUACGACGAGGCGGGCAGUCCGCAGCGCAUUCAGGUCCUCAAGUAUCUGGUGUUGGCGAAUAUGUUGACGGGGAGCGAGGUCAAUCCGUUUGAUUCGCAGGAGACGAAGCCAUACAAGAAUGACCCGCAGAUCAAGGCGAUGACGGAUCUGGUCGACGCAUACCAGCGCCGUGAAGUCCAUUCGGCAGAGAAGAUCCUGCGUGACAACCGGAGUACGAUAAUGGACGACAACUUCAUCAGCGCGUACAUUGGCGAGCUUCUCAAGAGCUUGCGCACGUCGUACCUCAUCGACCUUAUCAAGCCGUACACACGCCUUGAGCUUUCGUUCCUUGCCAAGCAACUGAACGUUGAGAUCGCCGAAGUCGAGGAGCUGCUAAUCGGCCUGAUCCUCGAGGGCCGCGUCGAGGGACAAAUUGACCAAGUCGGGAUGCGUCUCGAACUUGACAGACAACAAGUACUCGAGAAGAAGCGCUACGCAGCGCUCGAAGAGUGGACAAAGGCGCUCGAGAGCGUACAUACUGCUGUCUUAAACAAGACUGCGGCAGGCGGGCGGGGCGAAGCCAUGAUGGGCUUGAUGCCAGAGCGUUUUGCUGGCGAGCGGGGAUACUCGCUCGACUUUCUAGCGUAGCAUUCCCUUUCGCACCCGCAUUUUGUCAUGUUUUGUUCUCGCAUACUGUUCCCGCUGUCUGUCUCAUACAUCCAAAUUUCCAUGUCUCCAAUCACCAGUGUAUUAUGCAUGCAGAAACUUUUCG